AUGAAUUGUAAUAACUCCGCUUUUCUUGGUCCUUAUGGCUGUAAAUGUCUAAAGGUGGUGAAACGAAAUGAAUGGGGUGCGCAGCAACCGAAAGAGGUUGUUUCUAUCCCAUUGCCGGUUGAAAUGGUCUUCAUCCACCACACAGCGAUGUCCCCUUGUUAUAGUAUCCAAACUUGCAGUGAGGAAAUGAGAAAGAUUCAAGACCUGCACAUGAUUACGCGUGGAUGGUAUGAUAUCGGUUACAAUUAUCUGGUAGGCGAAGACGGGCGUGUCUACGAAGGUCGUGGCUGGAAUCGAGAAGGGGCCCAUACAAAAGGAUUCAACCGAGAUGCCGUAGCAAUAUCUGUAAUGGGUGAUUUCACGUCACGAGAGCCAAACGAAAAGGCGUUAAAAGCCGUCAAGGAUCUCAUUUCAUGCGCUAUUGAAAACAACAUAAUCACUGAAAAUUACCGAUUAUAUGGACAUAGGGAUGUGCGAGACACUGCUUGUCCGGGAAACAGUUUUUAUAAGUUGAUACAAACUUGGCCUCAUUAUGAUUUUCAUAAACCAACCAAAGAGCCAAUUAUUGGUUAA